UCUCCUCCGUGCCUCUUCUUCCCCUCGAGGACAAAAAGAGCCCCGAGAAGAGAAAAAAAAAAGCAGGACUCCACACACCUGUGGGCUUCUACUGCGAGUCCGGCAGUUUCUUCUCCUCCACGCGAAGGCGGAAUCGCUCCCACGUCUCGAGAGAGCCCCGAGCCGGACAACUCUCCCACCGCGGCGGCGGCGCCGUCGGCAGUCGCCGACGAUCGGCGGCGGCGGCGGAGAUGUUGGAGGACCAGGUCGCCUUCCUGCUGCAGAAGUACCUCGGCAACUACGUCCGGGGGCUCAGCAAGGAGGCCCUCAAGAUCAGCGUCUGGAGAGGUGAUGUGGAACUCACAAACAUGCAGUUGAAGCCUGAGGCGCUCAAUUCAUUGAAGUUACCUGUGAAAGUCAAAGCUGGUUUCCUUGGUUCAGUUAAGCUCAAGGUCCCUUGGAGCAGACUUGGCCAAGAGCCAGUUUUGGUUUAUCUUGAUCGUAUUUUUAUAUUAGCUGAACCAGCAACAGAUGUUGAAGGUUGCAGUGAGGAUGCUGUCCAAGAGGUCAAACGAACUAGAGUUAGGGAGAUGGAAAUGAAAUUAUUGGAGAGCCAGCAACAACUGAACUCCGAACUGAACUCGUCAUGGCUUGGGUCUUUCAUUAGCACUGUGAUCGGAAACAUCAAGUUAUCCAUUGGCAAUAUUCACAUCAGAUACGAAGACAUAGAGAGCAAUCCAGGCCACCCUUUCGCAGCAGGUUUGGUACUUUCGAAGCUGUCAGCAGUUACUGUGGAUGACCAUGGGAAGGAAACUUUUGCCACUGGUGGAGAUUUGGACCGAGUGAAGAAGUCUGUUGAACUUGAGAGUCUGGCGCUGUAUUUUGAUUCUGAUAGCAGUCCUUGGAGCGUGGAUAAACCCUGGGAAGAUUUACUGCCUUCAGAAUGGAGUCAGGUUUUUGAGUUCAGAAAGCAAGAUAGUUCUAGUACUGCUUCAAAAACUCACACUUACAUAUUAAGACCUAUAUCUGGCAAAGCAAAAUAUACAAAGGUACACAUUGAUGAAGCGAAGAGAAGCGGACAGGCAUUGCAAAAUGCUGCUGUUGAUUUGGAUGAUGUUACUUUGUCUUUGUCGAAGGAUGGCUACAGGGACAUCUUGAAGAUGGCUGAUAACUUUUCUUCUUUUAAUCAACGGCUGAGAUAUGCUCAUUAUCGGCCAUCUUUACCAGUGAAAUCUGAUCCGAAGGCUUGGUGGAAGUACGCAUACAAAGUAGUGACUCAUGAAAUGAAGAAGGCAAGUGGAAGUCUAUCUUGGGAGCAACUACUGAGAAACGCAAGACUUCGAAAGACAUAUGUAUCUUUAUAUGCGUCCCUUCUGAAGUCUGACAUGAGCCGUCCGGUUGUUGAAGAUAAUGAGGAGAUUAAUAGUCUGGAUCGUGAACUAGAUAUGGAAGUUAUUCUGCAAUGGAGGAUGCUGGCCCACAAGUUUGUAGAACAGUCAGCAGAAAGACAGCAUGCUCAACAAAACAAGAAGCAGUCCUGGUGGUCAUUUGGAUGGACUGGCUCUUCGAAGGAUGAUGGAGACUCGAAGAGUUUUAGUGAUGAAGAUUGGGAAAGGUUAAAUAGGAUAAUCGGGUACAAAGAAAAUACGGAGUAUAUUCCUGCUCAACAAGAUAUGAAAUUGAUGCAGUUUUAUUUUGAAAUACGCAUGAAACAUAAUGCAUCAAGGCUUAUCAUUGAUGGUUCAGAGUGCCUUGCUGAUCUUUCAUGUGAAGAUUUCCGCUGUAACUUGAAAAUGUAUCCAGAGGCAAAAGUUUUUGACCUGAAGCUUGGUUCCUACAAACUUUUAUCUCCAUAUGGCCUGCUUGCUGAGAGUGCAAGUGUUGUUGAUUCUCUUGUUGGUGUCUUCUCCUACAAACCUUUCGAUGAGCAACUGGACUGGAGUUUUACAGCCAGGGCUUCUCCUUGUUAUAUAACUUAUUUGAAAGAUUCCAUUGACCAAAUCGUUGCCUUCUUCAAGAGUAGCCCUACAGUUAGCCAGACCCUUGCACUGGAGACUGCUGCUGCUGUACAGAUGACAUUAGAUGAAGUGAAACGCACCGCUCAACAGCAAAUGACACGUGUUCUAAAAGAUCAGUCCAGGUUUUCACUGAAUCUGGAUAUCGCUGCUCCUAAAAUUACUGUUCCUACCAAGUUCCGCCCGGAUGAUGUACAUGAGACUAAGCUUUUGCUUGAUCUUGGAAACUUAAUUCUUCGGACAGAGGAGAUAUGGGAUUCAUAUUCUUCAGAAGAGCAGGAUAUGUAUUUGAAUUUCAAUUUGGUGCUCAAUGAUGUAUCUGCAUUUCUGGUGGAUGGUGAUUACCACUGGAAUGACACAUCUAAAGAAGUCAAUUUAUUGCCAGUCAUCGACAAGUGUGGAAUUGCUUUAAAGCUUCAGCAGAUCCAGGUAGAAAGUUCACUAUAUCCUUCCACAAGACUGGCAGUACGGGUGCCUUCCUUGGGGUUUCAUUUCUCUCCGGCACGCUAUCAUCGAUUGAUGGAGAUUUUAAAGAUUUUUCAAGACACCAAUAGUGAGAAUAACAGUUCAGACCUUGCACAUUUGUGGGAUCAGGCUGACUUUGAGGGAUGGUCUUCUCUUCUUACAUGGAAGGGUGUUGGAAACCGAGAAGCUGUUUGGCAACGAAGAUACUUGCGGCUAGUGGGGCCAUUUCUCUAUGUAUUUGAAAAUCCAGAGUCUACAACAUAUAAGCAAUGGUCCAGUUUAAGUGGGAAGCAAGUUCAUCAGGUUCCUACUGAGCUUACAAAUGGUGUGCAGAAUAUUGUGGCACUGCACGACUCUGGUCAAGUCAAUCCCAAGAUUCUGGAAGAUACUGGUGCUUUGAUACUGUUGUUUGACAGCGAGGAAACAAGAAAAAUAUGGCAGAACCGCUUGCAGGGUGCUAUAUAUCGUGCAUCGGGCUCUGCCACAGUUUCCAAUUUUCCUGAAGCUGCUUUCACAUCAGAAGCUCGCUCUUUCAAAGGCAGUCUUCCUGAUGUUGUCAACAUAGAAAAAUUGUUUCUUGCUGGUAUUCUUGAUGAACUAAAGAUCUGUUUUUCGUGUGGCUAUGAGAGUAACCACAGGCUAAAAAAAGUACUACUGGCUAAGGAGAGCAGCUUGUUUGAAUUUCGAGCAGUUGGUGGUCAGGUUGAACUCUCAAUGAAAGGUGGCAACCUACUGAUUGGAACUAUUUUGCGGUCACUGGAAAUUGAAGAUCAGUAUUUUUACCCAGGGAGUCCUGUACCAAGGUACUUGGCAAGGUCCUUCAUCAACAGUAUGCAAACCAAAGAAAUCCCCACUCCAGCUCGAAAGAGUAGUUCAGAAACUAAAGGCGCCCCGCUAAAGAAAAGUGACAGUGAGGAAAGGUUUUUUGAAGCAUCAGAUGAUUUUGACGAAUUUGGAACACCUAUGCUAAAAGAGAGGAGUAUAUCAGAUUAUUUUAGUUCCCAAGAUGUUUUACCUACUGGCCUCCCUUCCUUGCAACCACCUGCAUUUAGUCGAAUUCCUGGUUUGUUACCAGACAGUGAAAUUAAAAUGGUUGGAUUCACUUCCGCAGGAAGUGGUACUUCCGAUAGUUUUGUGAAAGCUCAGAUUGUUAUAUAUGAUCAGCAGUCUCUCCAGUACAACAACUUGGACACCAGGGUGGUUGUAAGUGUUGCUACUCUAACCUUCUUUUGUCAUCGGCCAACUGUCCUUGCAAUCAUGGAAUUUAUGAAUGCUAUCAAUCUUGCAAACGACCCUGAUAGCGAUAAAGAUAGAAACACAGAUGAUAUUAAGUCUGAUAAUGUGGUUGAGGAGCCUAAAUCUGAUCUGGAGUCAGAACCUGUCAUAAAAAGGUUGCUGUCUAAAGGUAAAAGCAGAGUAGUUUUUCAUCUUACAUCAAGCAUGGCAGAGGCACAAGUAUUACUGAUGAAUGAAAAUGGUGAUCUACUUGCUACUUUGUCACAAAAUAACCUCUCAACUGAUAUCAAGGUGUUCACAUCCUCAUUCAGUAUAAAGGCUGCACUUGGAAACCUCAAAAUAAGUGAUGAUAGUCUUCGUAGCAACCAUCCUUACUUUUGGGUCUGUGAUAUGCGAAAUCCAGGAGGAUCUUUUGUGGAGAUCGACUUCUGUUCAUACAGUGUUGGUGAUGAAGACUACUGUGGGUAUGACUACAGUCUUGUAGGGAAGCUCUCCGAAGUUAGAAUUGUUUAUCUUAACCGUUUUGUUCAAGAGCUUACUGGUUAUUUCAUGGGUCUUGUCCCUAAAAGUUCUGAUGGUGUCGUAAAGCUAAAAGACAACGUAACUAACUCAGAGAAGUGGGUUAGCAAAACUGAUAUGGAAGGAUCGCCUGCCCUCAAGCUGGAUGUUUCUUUCAGUAGACCUAUAAUUGUUAUGCCUCAUGAUACUAAUAGUAAUGACUUCUUGGAGCUUGAUGUCCUGUACAUAACAAUCCAAAAUGAGUUCCAAUGGAUAGGUGGUGACAAGAAUGAGAUGGGUGCUGUCCACUUGGAAAUUUUAACAGUUACAGUAAAAGACAUAAAUUUAACCAUUGGUAUGGAUAUGGUGCGGGGUGAAACUAUAAUACAGGAUGUGAAAGGUCUCUCCGUUGAGAUUCAUCGAUCAUUGCGUGAUCUGAUGCACCAGUUGCCAGUGGUGGAGGCAGCAAUUAAGGUGGAUGUCCUGAAAGCAGCAUUAUCCAAUCGGGAAUAUGAAGUUAUAUCUGAAUGUGCGGCGUCAAACUUUGCUGAGGCACCACAUAUUGUGCCUGCUCUGGAUGGCCCUCGAGAUGGAACUUCCACAUCGGAAUCUCAUGUUUCUGCAUCUUCUGUUUCUUCUGAAAGUAUUCAGGACCUGUCCCAAGAUACAGAAACAUGGAUAGCAAAUAAAUUUUCUGUUUCAAUAAAUCUGGUCGAGCUUUCUCUGCAUUCAGGAUCAACAAGGGAUUCCCCUCUGGCUAGCGUUCAGGCAAGUGGUGCUUGGCUUCUCUAUAAAUCAAAUACACGGGAGGAGACUUUCCUUUUCGCGACACUCAAAGGCUUUUCUGUUUUUGAUGACCGUGAAGGAACAAAAGAUGAGUUAAGGCUUGCCAUUGGGAAAUCAGCAACAGUCAGAGACACAUCAUCUGCUGAUGGGUAUGAUAACCCUAAUGAACUUGAUUCAGGUGAACGAAGGAUACAAAAGGAUCUAGGCCUCGAGCCAAUCCCCUCAAUGCUCAUUUUUGAUGCUAUCUUGCGAAAAUCCUCGUCUUCUGUCUCCGUAUGCGUUCAGCGACCCAAGUUUCUUGUGGCUCUUGACUUCUUACUAGCAAUAGUCGAGUUCUUUGUGCCAUCUGCUCGCAGCCUGUUAUCCAAUGACGAAGACAAGGACCUUCUACACAUGAUAUCUCCAGUGGUGUUCACUGAUAAAGUUUAUUACCAGGAGGAUUCAAUUUUUAGUCUUUCACCUCAGAAACCUCUGAUUGUUGAUAAUGAAAAGUUUGAGCACUUUAUCUAUGACGGAAAUGGUGGUAAAUUAUAUUUGCGGGAUAGAGAGGGGGAGAUUCUUUCAAGCCCUAGUGCUGAAAGUUUCAUCCAUGUGCUCGGUGGUAAGACAUUGCAAUUUCAAAAUGUCAAGAUAGUGAAUGGUGAGUAUCUGGACUCCUGUGUAUCUCUUGGCAGUGAUUGCUGGUACUCAGCAUCAGAAGAUGACCAUGUCUACCUAGUAAGAGAAAAUGCGCCCGAAAAGGAGGGCCUCCAGUCAAUUCUUAAUGAGGAAAUUCCGGAAGGCAUUGCUGAAAAUGAAAGUUCUGACAGAUCAACAGAAUUCAUAAUUGAACUACAGGCUAUUGGACCAGAGCUUACAUUCUACAGCACAUCAAGGAAUGCUGGUGAAAAUGUGGCGCUAUCGACAAAGGUUAUUCAUGCCCGUACAGAUGCAUUUUGCAGGCUUGUAAUGAAGGGCGACAGUAUGGAUAUGAGUGGACACAUACUUGGUUUAAAGAUGGAGAGUAAUGGCAUCAGAGUUAUAGAACCCUUUGACAUGUCCAUGAAAUACUCAAAUGCAUCUGGAAAAACAAAUUUGCAUCUGCUGGUUUCUGAAAUAUAUAUGAAUUUUUCCUUCAGUAUUCUGAGACUAUUUUUAGCUGUUCAGGAAGAAAUUUCAGCAUUUCUCAGGAUGUCAUCAAAGAAAAUGUCAAUGAUGUGUUCUCAGUUCGAUAAAGUUACAACUAUGCAGGGCAAUGUGAAGGAUGAAGUUUACUCUUUUUGGCGACCACGUGCUCCAUCUGGAUAUGCCAUUUUUGGCGAUUUCCUCACCCCAAUGAAUGACCCCCCAACUAAAGGAGUCCUUGCUUUGAACACAAACGUUGCAAGAGUGAAAAGGCCUUUAUCAUAUAAGCUAAUCUGGCAAUCUGGUUCUGCAACAAAUGAACUUCAUCAUGACAAUAAAGAUACAAAAAGUAGUCUCUCUAUGAUUGACCAGCUAUGCUCUGUUUGGUUACCUGUAGCGCCUGCUGGCUAUGUUGCCUUGGGUUGUGUAGUUUCAGCUGGA